UGUCCCUACAUAUGUUUAAUCUCCCAUUAUAUAACACCCUCUCCCCAUCUCCAUCUUUUUGAAUUGAUCAAAGAGAAAGUGAAAAAUUAAGCUGCAAAUUAAAGAUGAUGAAGCUCAGAUCAAAGAGAUUCUGCAGAAGCUCCACUUUCAAAUUUGGGAUUAGCUUUGUCACCAGCUGUAACAACAAGAUCAAAGUCGCCGAUGACCACCACAAGGACCCCGCCGCCGCCGAAUCCUUGACGGAAAUUAAGUGGGAGCUCCGGCCAGGUGGCAUGCUGGUGCAGAGGAGAGAAAUCGCCGGCCAAUCCAAUUUGGCCGGAGAAGAAGAAACAAUCACUAUUAGAGUCUCAACUGUCUCUCAAUUUCAUGAUAUUUCUGUUCAACCCACCUCUACUUUUGGGGAAUUGAAGAUGAUUCUAUCAAUGGUGACUGGUUUAGAAGCAAGAGAACAAAGAUUACUAUUCAAAGGGAAAGAAAGAGAUGAUUGUGAAUAUUUACACAUGGUUGGAGUUGGACACAAAGACAAAGUUCUUCUACUUGAAGAUCCAGCUAUCAAAGAAAGGAAGCUUCACGGCUUGGCAUCAACCCAACCAAUUAGUGUAUAAUUAAAUCAUAAUAUAUUACUAAUUAAUCCAAAAACAAACAUGGUUUUUGAUUCCACUAACCCUCUCAGAAGAAGAAGAAGAAAAAAUUAUGCUAAAUUGUCUGUCCUUGAAGGCCUUAAUUUGUUGUUUUGUAAGAAUUUUGGUGGUUUGAAAUAUAAUGUUUUGUAAGUCUGUUUGAGCAAUCUUUAGGCCAUUUGGAUUCUUGUAAUAUGGUGAUGCUUAUCUGAAUUUUGUAUCCAAACAAAGAUUCAUUAUAAAGAAUCCACCUUCAAAUCUCA